UACUACACGCAUGAAUCGUUCAACUCCUGUGUUAUCUGAACACGGACGUGUAUAAUACCUCGUCAACAACAGUCGCAGUGUUUCAGUAGGAAUUAACAACGACUGACUUUGGGAAAAUCUGUCUUUUCCGCUCGUAAGUAUAUGCACAUACGAUUUCAACUGCAGAGGCAAGCGGGCUCUUCUCUCGUGUUACGCAGUGUUCAAUGGCACUGCAGUCAACUGCUUCACAGUCCAUACCGCAGCGCCUGAAUUCAAUCUUCACACGACGGUCGACCUGUAUUACAAUUGGGCUGACAGUGUAAAAGCUCGAUUUGGGAUACGCGCCAAAUGACUUAACAAAAACGUACUUCCUUGAUGACAGUGAAACGUUUACAAGGAGGCAUGGUGUUGUUCGCUCCACAGAAGUCCCGCAGUGAUGUUUACACCUACACUCACAUGGACGUCGUCGGAGACGGCAACACUACAGCAUGCCUAGUCAAAACUACAGUGUUGUGAACGAAAACAGCCGAGCUUACUGAGAAGUGGGACAUAAAGAGUUACUUCUGUCUACACGGAGAUAUUGUGAGGACAGGGUUUAGAUUAUUUUGAGGAAGGGCCUCGGCGAUUAAUCGAUACUGACGCGCGGCAGGAAGACCAGGCGCGGAUAUUUCAAAGUUACAUGUUCAAUUGGGGUGUCGAUUGAGGAAUUACAUGGACACCUUUCAGUGCGUGUUGAAGGCUAAGUGUUCAGUGUCCUUCUGUAUAUGUUACUGGCGUUUACAGUGAGUGUUUGUGCAGUGUCUGGUAGUGUUUUCUUAUUUGAUUGUGGCGUUCAUUGUUCGUGCAUUACGUGAUCCUCGUUGUGGAAUUGUCGUCUGCUCGAGAACAUCUGGAUCUAUUUUCUGCCAAGUUAAAAACUGGUGGCAACUGAAUGACCUGCUAAUUCUAGGCCAAGGACCCAUUUGUAUUAGGCUGUGUUCUAACCUGGAAAAUCUAAUCCAGGGUACAGUUUUCAUUAUUCGUUUCCUGUAUAGUUUGGCGCAUUAUUGACGGUGGAUUAACUGAGGAUUAGGGCUUGUUCAUGAAUCCACCUGGUUGAAGUGAUCAGUUCGUUAUCAGUGGGAUCCGUGUUCUACAGAGCCGUACUAGCUGUGAUCCAAGAUGAACCGAGGACCACAUCAUAGGACGCAGUCGGUCCCAAACCAGAGACGACGUCGUGAACGGCCUGUGAUCCGACACAACCGCUCCUUCGAUGUACCCCGACAUAUGGGAUCGGACCGACACUCGAAUGAACCCCCGGGAACCACCCGACUGCUUCGGAUUAAAGUGGUGGAGGGUGUUAACCUAGCCAAGAAGGAUAUCUUUGGAGCAAGUGAUCCCUAUGUGCGCUUGUCACUGUUCAGAGGAGACAGAGAGGAUGGUCUUAUUGAUACAAAACAGACAAAGGUUAUUAAGAAGACACUGAAUCCAAAAUGGCAAGAGGAAUUUGUGUUCCGGGUUAACCCUCGAGACAAUGUGGUCCUGCUGGAGGUGUUUGAUUCCAACCGAGUGACGAGGGAUGACUUCCUUGGUCUUGUGGAGAUCCCACUCAGUCACACGGGUGUGGCCACAGAAAGGGCAGGACGUGAUAUUGGCGUCAAGAGCUUCAUGCUCAGACCAAGAAGUAUCCGCUCCCGGGUGAGAGGGCACCUGAUGUUGUACUUGGCGUAUGUUGCCACCGAAGGUGACAGCAAUGCUGAUGACGAGGCGUCAGGGCAAACCACCAACGAGGUUAGUCCUGGCUGGGAGCUGGUGGACAUGGAGACAGCCAUCAAUGAAGCAGGGGCAUCGGGCCCCACCACCGUGGGUGCGACAGCAUCUGCCCAUGGAGAGAACCUGGAGCCCUUGCCCCCAGGCUGGGAGGAGAGGAGGGACCCCCAGGGCAGGAAGUACUACAUCAAUCACAAUGACAGGACCACGCACUGGGAAAGACCCUCACCAAGCAGUUCAAGCCUGCCGACAGGAUGGGCCGAGAGGAUGGAUGCCAAUGGCAGGACCUACUACGUGAAUCACACCUCACGCUCUUCACAGUGGCAGCGCCCAAAUAACACUAUCACCGAGGUGUCGGAACAGGAGAUGAAUCGUCAGCGAAGCAUGGAGGCAGCUCAGCUCUACCUGCAGCGACGCCACAUCAGUCAGGACGACACCAUCAGUGUCCACUCCAACAGUGAUGAGACCGAAACCACAAGCACAAGCACAGAAAGGACUCCACCAUUCUCUCCUUCAUCAAGUCAGCAUCGGGCGAUGGUGCACAGGCCACUUGAUGGGGAUGAGGAGCCACUUCCUGCUGGAUGGGCGAUGGGCAUGGCACCCAAUGGCCGCAAGUUCUUCAUUGAUCACAACACACAAAUAACAACAUGGGAUGAUCCCUGCCGCUCAAGACCAAGCUCUAUGCCAAACCUGGACACACCCAGUGGCAUAUGGAGGCCGUCCUCCAAUGAAGACCUGCUAAGAAAUCUUGGGCCUUUGCCGGCUGGCUGGGAGGAGAGAACACACACAGACGGGAGAGUGUUCUACAUUGACCACAAUACCAGAGGAACACAGUGGGAGGAUCCUAGGUUACAGAAGCUUGGUGGUCCUGCUGUACCCUAUUCCAGAGACUAUAAGAGGAAGUAUGACUACUUCAGGUCCAAGUUAAGAAAGCCAAAUAAUGUACCAAAUAAGAUCGACAUAAAAGUAGGGAGGAGAAAUGUGUUUGAAGAUUCCUAUAGAAUAAUCAUGAGUGUGAAGAACACAGACAAUCUGAAAACAAGGUUAUGGAUUGAGUUUGAUGGAGAGACUGGUCUGGAUUACGGUGGUGUGGCCAGGGAAUGGUUCUAUCUGCUCUCCAAGGAAAUGUUCAACCCCUACUAUGGGCUCUUCGAGUACUCAGCCACGGACAACUACACGCUCCAGAUCAACCCUCUUUCUGGAAUGGCAAACGAUGAUCAUCUAUCAUAUUUUGAGUUCAUUGGUCGUGUCGCUGGGAUGGCAGUAUUCCAUGGGAAACUGCUUGAUGCAUUCUUCAUCCGUCCUUUCUACAGGAUGAUGUUGCGGAAGCCCAUCACUUUGCAGGACAUGGAGUCUGUGGACUCAGAGUAUUACAACUCCUUGGUGUGGAUCAAGGAAAACGACCCUGAAGAUCUAGAACUGCAUUUCUCUGUAGAGGAAGAUCAGUUUGGAGAGAUCACAGAGCGAGAACUGAAGCCAGGUGGCAAGGACAUCAUCGUCACCAAUGACAACAAGAUGGAGUAUAUUGACCUUGUGAUCAAGUGGAGAUUCGUGCAACGUGUAGAAUCCCAGAUGAAGUCGCUGAUGAAGGGCUUCAACUCGCUCAUCUCACGAGACCACCUUCAAAUAUUUGAUGAGAAUGAGCUGGAGCUGUUGAUGUGUGGGCUGCAAGAUGUUGACGUCAACGACUGGAAGAAUCAUACAGCUUACAAGGGAGAGUACAACCCCAACCACCCAACCAUCCUCUACUUCUGGAAGGCUGUCUACUCCUGCAACAAUGAAAUGAGAUCAAGAUUGCUGCAGUUUGUCACAGGGACAUCGCGAGUCCCAAUGAAUGGAUUUGCUGAGCUGUAUGGAAGCAACGGGCCUCAGCUGUUCACUAUAGAGAAGUGGGGACAUCCUGGCCAGCUGCCCAGAGCUCAUACAUGGUGCGUAGUCUGCAGGUGGCAGCUGGAAGCUGUGGUGUCAGAGUUGACGUAUGGAUUGCUUUUGUUCAAAUGAUGAAGACAUAUGUAC